AUGUCCCAAAGCCUCUCAGACGACGAGGACAUGAUCUCCUCCCCCUCCUCUCCAGCAACCCCCGUCAACACCACUUCGAACCCGCAUCUCCCCGCCCAUCUGGACCUCAAAACUCCUCCUCAAUCCCAAGAUAACACUCCGUACGCGUCUCGUAUCGGCCCUUCAUCCUUCCCGGCGCCUACCUCAGCCUCAACUGCCACUCUACAAACUUCUACAUCUACUGCAUCGGCCACAUUCCAUAAUAUGGAUAAUAAUAGCGAGAUGACGGGUACUACUGGUUCUGCUCCUGCUGCUCCGGCUUCUACUACUUCUUCUACUAUCGGUAAUGUCGGUGCUGGCGGUGGUGGAAGUGCUAGUGGGGGUAGUGUUGCAACCGGUGGGAGACGACGACAGAGUCAGAUGACUCUUGCGGCUUUGCAAGGUAGUAAUAAUGUUAGCAUCAUGCAAACUACUGAGGCUGGGGUUCCAAUGUGGUUGACCAAGAGGGGCACCGAGGAGGUUCAUAAUAUCGAAGAGAGGUUGUUGGAUAGAGGGUUCAGCACGCAUAUGUACGGCUCGAUUUUUAACGACAAGGACAUGAGCUUGAAGUAA